GCGGCUGAGCGCCUGGUGAAUACACGUCCUGUACCUGGAAUUGCGGCAGACAAUCGUCAUCGAAAGGAAUCAAUCAAUUCAGGAUCUCAUGCGCGUCAAAAAAACGGCUUGUAAAGGAGGGCCCGGGAAAUGGCAGUGUGCAAACGCCACCUUUGCACGUAACCGGCAAGCAAUCGCUCUUGGUCAGUUCGCAUCCAAACCCGCCAAGCGGAAACCCCAAACCAUCAGCUCGGGGCCAACGGUGGCCAAUUCAAUCGCUAAUUUCAAUCGAGCACGCUCUGCUGCUAUGAUCAGUGCCUGAAGAUGGCAAUGGCCGGCACCGUGACACGCUCGCGACGAGCCGACACUUCUCAAGUCUCUCACUCAAGCAUCGUCAAUGCCCGUCGCCUGCUCGUGAAUGCGAAGGACCAGGCUUUCCAUAUCACUGGCAGCUCGCCGCCCCGCAAGCGCCCUGCCCCCCAACGCGACCUCGACAACAUCGUGAACAAGAAAGCCAGGUUCACCACCGGAAUCGCAGUAGAGAUUCCGGCGAGGCCGCCCUUCCAUACCCGAUUGUCGAGAGAGCCGACCGACGCGAAACCGGCACCUCCGCCUCCAACCCCGAAACCCGCUGCGGCAGCCCCUAACCCGCCGACGACUCGCCGCGCCGCCCCUCUUGCGAACGACGAUGGCCCCCCAAAAACGACCUCUACAAGCGCCCGGCAGCGGCCAACACGAACCAAGCAUCAAGAGAAGGUUGCCAAUGGGUUGAAGCACGAGCUCAGCAGGCUGCAGCCGAAUGCGGAAGAUACUACCAAGCACGAGGGCCGCAAGUUGCGGUCACAAGAAGUCACGCGCUUCAAGAGCGAGCUCUCGGCUUACUUCCCGGAAUACGAUGAAGUCAUUGGCAACGACCCAAAGGAGACCCACCUCCUAAACCUCGACACCCCUAUCGUCAUCACAGACGAAGCUCCACCACCGCAUCAACACAACCUACAUCAUCACCGGCCCCACCCACCCGAAACAUACCCAAUUCGUAGCUACAGCGAUGCGCUCUACACCGACCUCUUCGAAGCACAACGAAUCGAUUUUAGCUUUCUAAACCAGAACACCAACACCAAAAAGCAUCAGCAUCAACACCACCACAACCACCCUUCUGCUAACCAUGUCCCCCCUUCAUCCGACCCGCUCCCCGACACGCUCUACACCUCCGCCCACAGGAAAGCCGAGCGCCUGGAGCGGUCCAUCCGCAACACCGAGAAGGGCCGCGCCCAGCACGAGCGCGACCAGGUCAUCCGCCUGCUGGACGGGCUACAGGGCCCUGACUGGCUGCGGGUGAUGGGCGUAAGCGGCGUGACCGAGAGCCGAAAGCGGGCGUUUGAGCCUGCGCGCGAGCACUUCAUCAAGGGCUGCGAAGGGAUCCUCGAGAAGUUUCGGCGGUGGGCGGCCGAGGAGAAGAGGAUGCGGUUGGAGCGGCUGCAGAAACGAGAGGAGGAGGGGAACUCGGUUGGGGAAGGGAGUAGUAGACAUGACGGUGAGGAAGAAGAAGAUGAUGUUGUGGUGGGAGGUAGUGAGGCUGAGCAUGAUGGGAGUGGAGACGAUGGGGAAGAGGAAGAGGAGGGCGAGCCGCCUGAUGAUGACGGCGACGACCAUGACAGCGACGUCGACGCGGAGAUCGCGAAGCAGCUCCGCGAGGAGGCGCUGGCAGCUGCAACGAAGGGGAAAGGGAGAAGAAAGAAAAUGGGGGCCCCGUCAAGGCGGGGAGUCGCGUCGCGCCGAGCGGGGUCAGUGGCACCACCACCGCCGUCCCGUCGCGCACCGCCACCGAAAUCAUCCGCACCCCCGGAAGAACCGCCCAAGGAGUUCACCUCGUUCUUUGCCAAGCGCUACCAGCGCGAGGCGGCGCUGAGCAAAACCCGGCGGACCGGGCGGAAGGUGCUGGCGUGGGGCCACCCGAUACCGGAUAUGCCCGAGAGGGAGUUUGAGUUGCCCGCUGAGUUGCGCGAUGAGGAUACCCUGAGAUCGCGGGCGAGGACGAAGAGGAGGGACAAGAGAGUGAGGAAAUGAGGAUGCUUGAGUGGCGCAUACAUACAUUUACAUUCAUAUGCGCGUCAUUUAUGACUGCGCUCCCGGGACCUGAGGCAGCAGGUUUAACUGUUCAUUUUGGGAGUGCCUUCCAUCAGGAGAGGCUACAUAACGCAUUGUCAAAAGGAGGGUCGGUGGUGACGGGCGUACUAUAUAGAGUCAGAGUGCCGGUUAUACACAGUAGACAUCUGCCUUAUUAUCCCCCUUUUUGGAGCUUGUCAUGAGAAGGCAGCGGAGAUAUCGAACGGAAUUUUCUGCUACCUUAACUGAAGCAGUUUCUGGCUUCGAGGCCCUUAUAAAAAAACAGCCUGAGGAAUCCAGAACCGUG